AUGGGGUCUCUGCUCCCCCUGUCGCUGCUGCUUUUGCUGGCGGCCGCCGACCCGGGAGGCGGGAGCGCGCGGCGGCGCCGGGCUGCAGCGGCGCCAGGCCGGGGAGGCAGCUCCCCGGCGCCCUCGGGGACCUCCGUGCCGUUCUGGGUGCGCAUAAGCCCCAAGUUCAAGGCCGUGCCGCCGGGGGGCUCAGUGUGGCUCAACUGCAGCAGCAGCUGCCCCCUGCCGGAGGAUUCCGGCCUCAGCACUCGGCUGCGGCGGGGCGGAACGCUCCGGGGGCCCGGCUGGGUAUCCUACCAGCUGCUGGACGUGAGGGCCUGGAGCUCCGAGGUGCACUGCUUCGUCACCUGCGCAGGACAGACGCGGGGGGCCACGGCCACGAUCACCGCCUACAAACGGCCGCAAAGAGUGAUCCUGGAGCCGCCGGUCUUAGCGGGCAGCGAGUACACGCUGCGCUGCCACCUGACGCACGUAUUCCCCGUGGGCUUCCUGGUGGUGACUCUGAGGCUUGGCGGCCGGGUCAUCUACUCUGAGAACCUGAAGCGCCACACCAGCCCUGAUCUGGCCAACGUGACGCUGACUUACAAGUUACCCGCCAGGCGCCGAGACUUCAGGCAGACAGUGACCUGCCACGCACGCUUAAAUCUUGACGGCCUGGUGGUCCGCAGCAGCUCGGCACCCAUGACGCUCCCAGUCCUCGCUUGGAGCCCCGCGCCCAAAGCCUUGGCCUCCACCUCCAUCGCAGCCCUGGUGGGGAUCCUUCUCGUCGUGGGGGCCACCUACUGCCGAAAAUGGCUAUUGAUGCAGUCCCGGGGUGCGUAGGCGGGUGGUGCAGGCCAGCUGGGCCGGAGGAAAGAGGAACCUGAAACAAUCUAGAGAGCCCUGACUGAUUCAAUAAAGCCCUCCUCAGGGGCACCUGGGUGGCUCAGGGGUUGAGCAGCUGCCCUUGACUCAGGUCGCGGUCCCGGGAUCCUGGGAUCGAGUUCCACGUGGGACUCCCCGCAGGGAGCCUGCUUCUCCCUCUGCCCAUGUCUCUGCCUC